AUGGGCUCAACACCAGCAACCAGCAGAGCGUUAUAUGCCGAUGAGAACGGCAAGCUUGUCGUUCGCCACGUUCCUUUUCCCGAGCCCCACGAAGGAGAACUUCUCAUCAAGGUUCUGUACUCGGGCGUCAAUCCUGCCGAUACCAAAAGCAUUGACUUCUUCGGCUUGAAGAACUUCGUCACUGGAACAGAAUUCUGUGGCGAGGUCCUCGAGUCAAAGACCCUUGCCUCCACGUCCUUUGAAGCAGGCGACAUUGUGGCUGGAGUACUUUCUUGGGGCCAAAACCCACCAUGGCGUUGGGGAACGCACCAAGAAUUUAUGACGAUUCCUGCAUCAUUGGCUUGGAAGGUUCCCGAGAACUUACCGCCCCAAGCGGCUGCUGGUCUUUCCAUCGUUGGGCUGACAGCGGCCACUGGCCUCUUCAACGACAUCGGCCUUCCUUUACCACCCAGUGUUGCCAAGGGUACGCCUGAUGAGGGCUUCGUUGCCCCAGAGGGAACUUUGGUCAUCUGGGGCAGUGCAACAAGUAUUGGCAUGGCCGCUAUUCAGUUUGCCCGGGCAGCACGAGUGUCUUCCAUCAUAGCCAUUGCCUCAUCCAUGCGACACGAAUACCUGAAGACACUGGGUGCAACCCAGGCUUUCGACUACAACGAUAGAGAUGUAACCGAAAAGGUCAAAUUAGCCCUGAAGUCAACUAGCGGAACAAUAUGGGCCCUUGACGCGCGUGGAUCUCCCGAGUCACAAGCCCUACUCAAGAAAGCGAUUCCUCAACACGAUAAAGCUGUUCUUGCUUCAGUGAUGCUGGGCGGCGAUCCAGAGUACAAAAGGAUCAUGGGGGCUCGCCAUUUCGAUGUCGAGUUCGAGUUGCCUGGGGGUCAAAAGAUGACCUGGCGCAAGGACAUGGCUGCUGCUGAUCGACAUUGGAGGGGCUUGAACUGGGCUGUUGAGAAUUAUGGUGCCCCCGGUGGGUAUGUGCCAACGCCUGUACGGGUCUUUGAAGGGUCUGGAGAGGAUGCCAUCAAGGAGGUGUACAACGUUAAGAACAUGAGCACUUUUGGAAAGUUGGUGCUCAAACAUCCUCUGAAAUGAUUGGCUCUAUAUUGGUACGAUAGACAGAUGUUCUCAGUCGCAAGCCUCAACUACAAACAACACAUCUAGUUCAAAGCUUAUACAGAUUGAAAUUUUUGUCGAAG